AUGCCUACGGCUCUCGCAUCUCAGCUUGCGAAGGGCGUGUCCCUAAAUGCUCCUCUGCUCUCUGAGACUGCCCGCAAAAAGCAUUUCGCAUCAUCUUCGUACCUCUUUUCCGCUUCGACGAAGGGUCAAAUAGACGAUCUUGAUUCAAUUCAUGCAUUAGUCUUGAAUGCAUUGGCUCAACUUAGACACAUCUACCCCUCCGUAGCAGCAUUUGACGAGCAGUCUCAGGAGUAUCGAUUACUAUUCUCACAGCGAGCAAGAGAGACGGACAGGACGCUUCUGGCGAAGGAUGAUCUUGCGGAAUUGAACGCUGCGCUCAAAAGCUGCCUCAGCGCACUGGGUACAUGUCUGAUGGAGAAUACCGCAGGGCGAAUAAUAGAAUGGCUUGUCCGGCGUUUUCGCGUAAACGAGUUUAACGUUCCUGACGUCCUUGCCCUCUUCCUUCCAUACCACGAGUCACCGCACUUCGCAAAGAUGGUGUUCAUUUCAACAGUAGACGAUAGUACGCCGUGGAGAUUCCUAUCCGCAUACAAGGCAUCCGGCAAACCGGUACAUCGAAAUGAACUUGUAACGGAAAUGCUGAGAGACAGGGAGCUUACACGUUUUGUCGUUUCGUUACUUCCCGAAACAUUAUCCACCGCGAGUGGUAGGAAUGUUCAUCGUACACUCAUAUGUUUCAACACUUCGGUAGUACUGGAGUACGUGACGCGCGCAGAGAAAAGGGACUUGGACGCGCCGAUACUCGCGUUUCUUUUACCAGCAUUAACGGAGCCCCUCAAGGAUACGCAUGCCUCUGUUUCACAGCAAUUGCGCAAGGAUGCUAUCCUCGGCAGUUUCGUACUCCUUGCCGCACUCUCUCAGAAAUGCACAUUUACUGUACCAGCCGUGAAAACGGUCAUGUCGGGGAUGGUUCACUGCGCUGCUGCGUCUUCUUCAAUUGGAGCGUAUCAGCUCCUCACCGCGACUAUAUCUUUCCUUGGCCCGCAAGCACCAUUAGAUACCGUUUCUCCGAGGGUUGUUGAUGAGAUGAUCGCUUUACCGGACUUCACGGACGCAUUAAAAGCAUCACUAGGGUGGUCUGGUGUCGAAAAGCUGAUUUUGCCCUUGCUAGGCAGAUUGGUAGAGAACGUCAAAGACGAAACCAAUACGGCCGUUCUGCAGUUGUUGCUUAUUUCAAAGCGCACUCCAAAAGAUGUCCUUUUGCAUCUCUCAAAGAGACUCCUGCUUUCAUCCGAGAGCUCAGAAAUCCUUUCCGGGCUUUAUCAGCGAUAUCCAGAUCUACUACGAUCUGCUGCCGAAGGUCUUACUGAGGAAGACGAGAGGAGAAAAUCGGAACUGGAUAGAACGUUGAUGACGCUUGCUAUGCCAGACGGAACCAGCAAGGCUCCGCAGGACGUCGUUCUCGCCGCCUCCAAUGCUGAUCCGACCGUACGGGCGAAUGCAGUUAGACGCAUCGUAGAAUUAUUAGCAGACAAUUCGGAGGAGCUGAACGCUGACGAACGGUCAACUCUGCAAGAAGCACUGAUGGGACGCAUGUACGACACAAGCACCGUCGUUCUUGACGCACUGUAUGCAGACUCCAAAGUCUUUCUCCCCUUACUUGCGAACUCUGCAGAUGUGUUAUCAAAACUCGCUACCUUCCUUACGGAGCAGAACGUGUCUCGUGCAGUGUUGCGAUCGCACCUCACAUUUUUCUGCAAUGCCUUCGUUGCAACGCAUCCGGAGCACACUGUACAAGUCGCUCUUACUCUCGUGUUUCCAAACGCACUAUUCUCAAAGCCGCGCGGUAAAACUGCAGCAGCCGUAUGGGAAGUCGUAGUCGCGUCUCGAUUGGGUGAAAAUAAACUCUUCAUCGGUACGAGAGAUAUCAUUGAGAAGUGCGGUGAUGACGUAGCGGAGACGAACAAUGCUUUGACGAAGAAGCUUGCUGAGAACAUUAAAACUUCGAAUGACUACUCCAUACUUCUCACAUGGUUGCUCAAGAACAUUUCCGAAGGCACCGACGCCCAUACUCGCCUUUUUUCUCUCCUCAUCUCGCGCGCUCUCCUUACGAACUUGUCUGGCGAGAAUCACAUCGACGCAGCACUCGAUGUCCUACAAACAAUGAAUCCGUCGAGUCUAGACGGCUCGGACAAGAUAGGCGAUGACGAAAAUGCACUGGAUGAGGAGACAGCUUUGAAGCAUGUUGUACUAAAACCUAGUAGUCGUGCAACUGCACGGCGUUUGCAACUCAUGAUUCUAUGCUCUCUUGCCGCGACUCCGAUUCCGCAAAAUAGGUCGCUCGAUUGGUUCUCAUCGUCGAAAAAUACCGGCGACGAAGAGAUUAGUGCCCGUUACCUGCGUCUCAUGAGAGUAGUUUACACAACUAUAAACGCCAUCUCCUCAAACCUCAAUUUCGUAUCACGCUCCAACCACGCUCUAUUCGAAACAUUCGGCUCCGAAUCCUUACUGUUCCUGGCGAGUGUUUGGGUAUCACCCGAGAUGAUUGAGGGUGCCGAUCCCAACACAAUAAGUUACGUUGCGCUCCGGCAUGCUUCAGCGUUCCUUCGUGCACAGUCUACGGAUAAGCCAAUCGACUUUCAACUUGUUCUUCCGGCUCUUCUUGCUGCAUUACAAGCGUCUGAUAGACGUGUUCGUGCUGCGGCGAUGGAGUGCGUUGCAAGUAUGGCAGGCUUGUCUGUCGCGUCGAAGCCUGGUUCUGUUUAUGCGUAUGACCGUGUGUACGGUGCCGCGUCGGCUCGCCUGCAAUAUCUCGACUGGGCUGAUGAGUCCAACUACCUCAACCUACUUGUUCAAUACCGAGAUCACUUGGUGAACGACUCCCAACAUCUUGAAUUGCUCCAUUACGAGCAAUUGUCCCGUUCGAAAGCAGAGAACAAGAAAGACGCGAAACAAAGGCAUCGGAUUCUCUGUUACAUGCUGUCGCACGCAGUGUGCUGCCCCUCCCCGACCAUCCGACUGGCCAUCUUGAAGUCGCUAAGACGGGUCUCGGAUACUGUGAAGCUUCAAAUGCUUCUUCCUAUUAUCGAAGAGGCUCUUGAAUCACCAAUCUCCACUGGAGAUGAGAAAGAGCUGCAGGUGUAUGCACUGGAGGCAUUCGACAGCUCUUCGGCGAAAGAAGUUAACCCAGAGGACAGUAGUGCGUGGUUUGUAUUUAAGCGUGCAGUGAAGCACUACUUCAGUAACGGAGCCGUGAUGGACCAAUGGACAUGUCUUUGCAAAACGCUCAAGGACUCCCUAUUCUCUGCUCUCUCUGUGAAGCGGCAACACGAAAUUAGUCUUCUUCUGAUUGAGCUUGGAAGUGGAAGUGGGAACGAGGAUGGGAUAAAGCACCUUCUCACACAAUGCGUGAAGAAACCAAACCUCAUGAUUUCAUUGCUGCAAUCUUUGCAACCGGAUGUCAAAGAUACGAGUGAUCGUGUUCGCAAACGGGCCAAGACAGACGAGCCAUCGUCGGACUCCGAGAGCACUUCGCUAUCACGUCUUGCUUUCUUAGCUGAGAUCCUGUCUUCUCAGAAAUUACCAGGCUCACUCGACCUCGUCUCUGCUCUACUUGACGCUUUAAGUCGAGUCGCUUCUUCCACUGCUGCUCGCGCGGAUAUUAUAUAUGCGCAGCAGCUUUUGAUGACAUGCUUAGAAUCCGCUGUCUCUCACAUACAGGAGCUUCCGACACUUUCGCCGAACGCAGUCAGAGUCGAUGUUCUAGUAGAACUCAUGCGAACAUCUGAGAACCCGCAAACGUUCAACCAGGCGCUUCUGUUAAUGGCAUCGCUCGCAAGACUAUCUCCUGCAUCCGUCUUACACAACGUCAUGCCCAUCUUCACCUUUAUGGGAUCGAACGUAUUCCAUCGUGACGAUUCGUACAGCUUUAAGGUAAUUCAGAAAACAAUCGAGAGUAUUGUUCCAGUAGCAAUCGCUUCUUUGAAGGAGAAAUAUGACAGCGCCCUUGACCUUUACGUUGGCUCAAGAGACCUACUUCGGACAUUCACUGAUGCUUCAACUCACGUCCCGCGCCAUCGUCGGACCAGCUUCUUCACACAUCUUAUUGACGUGUUGAAUCCUACGGACUAUCUUGCGCCUAUACUAAUGCUGCUGGCGGAUAAGUCAGCGAACCGUGUCUCUCGACAAGAGAAGCAGGAAGCGCAGACAACCUUGACGCUUCCUCUCGGCGUCAUGCAACACUACGCACCAAACCUCGCCCUUUCGGCUUGUAAAGAAAUUAUCAACGAAGUACGGAGGCUAGUGAAGGUAAUUGAGCAACCGGCAUCUGAUACCACUGUCUUCCUUGAGGCGAAUGCCCCGGAAGAGCAAGUCGUGUCACCCUCAACUCUCCGGAAGCGACAAUGUCAGACCUUACUUAUCCUCGUUGGCUUCGGUAUCAAGCAAAUUCCUGCUGCGCGGCUUGCGAAGGCCCCAAGUGAUGAUCUCCAGACGAUCGUUACCUCAUUGAUGGAAUUGUCGACACUGGAUCAAAGUGAAAAGAGUGGCACAGAACUUCAAGAGAUCGGGAACUCUGCACAAUGGGCGCUUUUCCAAUCGAUGUCUGUUAUUUCAGCUUCAUUCUUCUCUUCCACUAUAUUGUCGAUGCUUUCGAGUGACAACAAGCAGAUAUACCAAGCGGCUUUCAGCCUCCUUGCUUCGCGUGUACCAGACAUAAAAACGGAAGCCCGAGAGGAAAUCUCGUCGACCAUGGCUCAAAUUGUUACUCGCAUGAAGGAUCUCGUGCCCUCGUUCCAAGACACAACCACAAUAGCGGAAGCGAUGAAGGCGCUCCUCAGCAUUGGAUCGACGUCAUGUGCGAAAGAGGAAUCUGCGCUGACGAAUAUGAUUCCUGUAAUAACCGACAUAGUCAGGAAAUAUCCGGGUAUCUGCGAAGCUGUUGCCGUCCUUCCUGUAUUAUCAACGAGACUCGGACCUCGGGUUAUCCCUUAUCUUCGCUCGCUCGUUGACACCUGUGUGACUUUGGUCAAGUCGUAUGACAAAGCAUUGAGCUACGAAUCCCUCGUGCAAGGCCUGUACGCACUCAAUAGCCUCUUGCGAACUAUUCCGUCAUUCUGGGGUGUUCAAGAAAUCAAGCUCGUCAUAGACCUUUAUCUAGACGAAGAACUAGCCGUCUCGAAGAAUCUAUCUUCUAACACGGAGAAGCUCGUCAAGUUGUUGGCGAAGCAACUACCAAGCAAGAUCCUCCUGUCAUCUCUGCUUCAGUGUUGGCCGUCUAUCGAAGAACUGAGACGACACAACGGGACUUCUAGAUACGGCAGAUUCUUCGAGUUGCUCAAGCGUUGCUUGCAUUUCGCAUCUCGCUCAGACAUGCUCGAAAAUCUCCGUGACCUCUUUAACCAUUUCCUCCAAGCCUUUGACGUCCGUAGUCUCCUCACGGCUGACGAAGCUUUAUCAGUAGAGGACAAAAUCAUAGCAGCAUACGUCGAGUUAGUUGUAAAACUCAAUGAAACCGCAUUCCAGCCUCUCUUUAGGAGGUCGUGUGAUUGGGCGUUUGGUGAAAGCUCAUCUCCGGAGAAGCAGAUUGCGUUCUGCAGGCAAUACACGGCUCUAUUAGAUCUUUUCAAGGAGCUAAUGACACCUUAUACGUCAUUCGUCCUUACCCACAUUAUCGAAUUGCUUAAGUCCUUCUCGUCUGCCGAGAAUACCAACAAGGCGUUAUGGCUCUCAUCCAUUGAGAUGCUGUCAAAGAGUUUCGUCGUAGAUGACGGAGCUUACUGGCUCGACUCGAAACUUGCUCUCGUCACGCCGUCCUUAGCCUCUCAGGUUCCGAUUUGUAUCAACAUGAAGCUCGCCUCGGGAUCAGGCAAAGAAGUCCUCAUUACAUGUCUGACUACGCUUCUCGACUGUCUCGACGAUGACUCCACACUCAAAACUCUCAACACGGGCGUAUUAUCACAUACACGUUCGGAGGAUACGAGGGUGCGAAUAUUCGCUCUCCAAUGCGCUGUUGCAUUGUGGGAAGCACAUGGGUCGAAGUUACGAGGACUAGGCAACGAAACAGCUACGUAUAUCAUCGAGUGCGCGGAAGAUGUGAACGAUGACGUCGUACGUGCAUGUCGUCAGCUCAAAGACGUCGUCCAGGCUUCAGUCGGAAAAAUUGAGGGACUCUAAUAAUCUCAUUCUGGCUUGUGGCAAGCUGAAACUGCAGUUCUAGCAAUUAAACCGUACAUGGCUGGUAACGAUUUUAGCACGAGAACAUAUUAGAACACGUAGCAGGUCCUAAGCUAAACAGUAAUGGAUUAUGAUCCUAGACAUAUUUUGGAUAAUAUUGUUAGAUAUUGUCUUAGUGCACAGCUCCAAGAAGAUAGCCUAUUGAUAAGAAA